AUGGUGAUCAUGAAAGGAAUACAAAAGAAUGGUCUUUACUCUCUAGUAGGUGAUGUAGUAAUCGGUUCAGUUGCUACAGUUUCUGCAAGAAAAUGGUCUCAAACUGAAAUGUGGCAUAGAAGGUUGGUGCAUGUUAGUGAAAGGGGCUUGAUUAAGUUGGAAAAACAAAAUUUGCUAUGUGGAGAUAAGGUAGAAAAACUUGAGUUCUGUGAACACUGUGUAUAUGGUAAGGCAUGCAGGGUAAAGUUUAGCUUGGGUCAACAGAGAACCAAAGGGAGUCUAGACAACAUUCAUGCAGAUUUGUGGGGACCUUCUCGGACACCCUCUCACUCUGGAGCCAGAAAAUUUGGUAUUGCAAGGCAUAGAACAGUAGCCAGAACACCCUAA